GGCCCGCAGCAUAGCAGUGCUGCCGGAGAACGUAAACAGGAAUCUGUUUAUUAUUAUCCAGUGCUUUUAUCCUCCACAAAUUGAAGUGUUCAAUGACUGUGGGAAAGUAGCUUUUCCACCCAAUUUCAUGUAUUUCAGCAAUGAUAGUUCGUGUUAUUAUUUGACCACAGCGAUGUUUCGCGGGGAGAGCAAAAUGAAAAUACGAAAACAAUCGAAUCGGCACGGAUUGACAAAAAUCGUACGUUCUGGCAACCCUGCUUCGCUGUCAAACAUGGUUGCUGAAAACAUGAAAAUUGUCUGCAAGUGUUGCAUUUGUUCUCGGGUAAAAUGAAAAAUUUUAUACAUUCUGCAUGGUAAACGAACCAAAUACGCGUGCAGUGUCGUCAACAGUGCGUAAGGGCCACCGGUGGUGAUAUUCGGGGCACGACAGCGUUGUGCAGUGGCGCUACGAGAUCGAUGUAAAAUCUUUUGUUUUGAAAACGGUGGCGGAGUAUGUGCAUAGAGCCGAAAGAAUGUUGAUACGGUCGGGGAUUGAGUCGAGUAGCCAGCGGGAACAACAGGACUGGGUAACCAUGUCGCCCCUGUGGACGGCCCGCUACGACUACCAGGCGCAGGGUGACGACGAGUUGUCGCUUCGGGUAGGUCAAAUCGUGUACGUGCUGUCCACCGACAGCUCCAUCUCGGGUGAUGAAGGCUGGUGGACGGGCAAGAUCGGGGACCGUGUGGGAAUCUUUCCCUCGAACUUCGUCACAAACGAAGACCCGGCCGUGUUGAAGGUUCAGCCCGUCGAGAUACAAUUCCACGAGUUGGACCUGAAGGAGGUGAUUGGUGUUGGGGGCUUUAGUAAGGUUCAUCGUGCCUUUCUGAAUGGGGAGGAGGUCGCCGUGAAAGCGUCGCGGCAGGAAGACGAGUUCGAGGUAGCCCGCCAGAACGUCCUGCAGGAGGCGAAGCUGUUCUGGUCGUUAAAGCACCCAAACAUAGUGUCCCUCAAGGGUGUUUGUUUGGAUCCGAAAACACUCUGCCUGGUGAUGGAGUAUGCGAGGGGUGGUUCGCUGAACAAGAUACUGGCCGGAAGGAAAAUUCCUCCCAACGUGCUGGUGGACUGGGCGAUUCAGAUUGCGCGCGGCAUGAAGUAUUUGCACUGCGAAGCUCCAAUCUCCGUCAUUCAUCGAGAUUUGAAGAGUUCCAAUGUUCUUAUUAGCGAAUCGAUUCAACAUGGCCAUCUGCUCAACAAAACACUCAAAAUAACGGAUUUCGGGCUGGCCCGAGAAGCGUACCGUACUACUCGAAUGUCUGCAGCAGGCACAUUUGCCUGGAUGCCACCGGAAGUGAUAAAAUCGGGAACAUACUCCAAAGCAUCCGACGUGUGGAGCUAUGGCGUGCUGCUGUGGGAAUUGCUCACCGGGGAAACUCCCUACAAAGGCUUUGAUUCGCUGUCCGUCGCCUACGGUGUGGCGGUAAAUACACUCGCCUUACCAAUUCCAAAAACCUGCCCAGAAUCCUGGGGAAAACUUAUGAAAUCCUGCUGGGAAAUCGAUCCGCAUCGGAGGCCUUCGUUUAAGGAGAUUGAAAAGGAUCUUGACAUUAUCGCAAGGUCCGGUUUUGCUCAAACGCCCCACGAAUCAUUCCAUACGAUGCAAGAUGGCUGGAAGAAGGAAAUCGCGGAAGUGUUACAAGAGUUGCGUAAAAAAGAAAAGGCAUUUAAAUCUUUCGAAGAGGAACUACGCAGCAAGGAAGAAGAGCUGACGCGUGUCCAGCAAGAGCAGCGCUGUAAGGAAGAAAAUUUAGCCAAACGAGAGCAAGAGUUGCACGCCCGCGAAAUCGAACUGUUAGGGCGCGAGCUAAAAAUUCUUAUCAAUCAAAAUACUCCUACCCCGAAGAAGCGCAAGGGGAAAUUUAGCAAAAGUAGAAUCAAGCUGAUUAAAAAAGCGCCGGGACAAAUUUCGUUGCCAUCGGAUUUUCGUCACACUAUCACGAUACAGCAUACGGCCAUACGUGAUGAAAAUCGCCAGCGCAUAGAUACGCCACCUGGAUCUCCUGCGACACGGCUCCGGACGAUUGUGUUUCCUGGCGAUACUAUCAAGGGUAAGACCUGGGGUCCAUCGACGCUGCACCAGCGGGAGCGGAGCCACUUGCCGACGAUGCGACCGAGCGCCCGACCGCAACAGUUCAGCAAGAGUGCCCCGAAUCUGGACAAAUCCCGAGUAACAGCGAUGUCCGCUAGUUCGUCGCGGCACGAAAUCCUAGAUUACGAUACCGAGGAUGCGUGGUAUGCUACGACGGCAAACCUUGGUGCCGGACCCGGUACAGAUAUGUCGACACUGAGUGUAACGCCGCUCUGCUCUAGUCUUAAUCGAUUCGGUUCUCUGCCGAGUACCGUUCCGAUGCCAACGUUGUACGCUUCCGAGGGCCAACGAAAGCCCAAACCGUCGAUCAUCGAGCUGGUGCUUUACAACAUGGCUUCAAUGUUGGCAGGUGUUGCUUCUGGGUAUGAUGUUCGUGUAUCGAACGUUACUCCGUUACAUCCGAAGCUACAUCCUGGCCCGUUACAACAGUACGAAUCGUACUCACAACCCGCUAGUCCUUAUCACCAUCAACUGCAGGCAGUACAUGAUUCUCAUCCUCUGCAUCUGGAAGGUAUGCAUCGGUUAGAGGCGAUGCCACCACUAACCAGUGCACAAUCUUUGGACAAUGCGCUGAGUCAGGACGCGUACGAAGAGGAGCUGACUCAAGCCCAAGAGGACAGAUUGUAUGCACAAAACAGUACACCGUUCCAUGAACCAGUCAGACAGCAGACUCGAAAGGUAACGAGUCAAUCGACCAGCCCGCGGCAAGAUGAGCGUGUGUUGAAGUACAGCGACUCACCACAACAUUAUCUACCUUCGACAAUGUCAACGACGAGCGGUCUCGGUUCGAACUACACCCCAUCAGGACCAAGCUCAUCUUUUAGUGUGGGAGCCGGUACGCAACCGCCGACUCCUUCGCCUCGUCGGAAGUCUAGCGCCACAUCGUUCAUGGAUUAUGGAGACCUGCCGGAAGAGCGUGAAAGUAGAGCCGGUCUCUACAUUCCGGGCGAGUACGAUGGGUAUAUGCAGCAUAAUCCAAUCUUUAACACAAAUAAUCGGGCUGCCACGGGUAGCUACAUUGGAUCGCAUUACUUUCCUUAUCGUCCAGCGAUUAAUUUCGCGUUCGAGCGUGAAACGAAAUCGUACGGUGGGGAACCGGUGUAUGAGGAUCACCAUUAUGACAGUGCCUCGUACCAUGAUUAUGCGUACGACGGAUCCACAGGGAAUGCUGGAAGUGUGAGAGCCACGGGUACUCGAGUUCCAACGAUGGGCAUCAGUGCCACGGGUCAUCGUAGAACACACUCGAACAUUUCCAGUACCAUGCACAGUAGUAACGUUAAUCAAGGGUUUCACAUGGAGGGAGAUGACAUCAGUACACAGCUUUUAGACGAUGCUACUUACAAGUUUGGUGAGCUGUAUCUAUCAAGCGGCGGUAACGAUACUCCAACGCCUGGUCGUUUGUCGAUGGCAAGUACAUCCAAACUUCAUGAGCCUCCGGUAGCCUUCCAAGCGACGAGUCGAAUGCAUCAGUACGAGAAUGUACCGAACUUCUUCCGAAGGCAGUCGAGCCUGCAAGCACACUACUCUCCAAGCAGCCAUGGUGGACAUCUGUCCGGUGAGUUUAUGAGCGGUAUCGAACAGGAAGAGCGUCCGUACACGGUGCUGGGGUUGGAUCAUGGUGAUAGUGGUGGAACGCUGUCGAACAACUUAAGACCCCAAACGAAGUUACGCUCCAGCAUGAAGAAGUACACACAUUCUCAUCCGACGCAUCAGCAGCAGACAACGCCUUCCAGCUCCCAAGCGAAGUAUGGUGCAGCUGGCAGUACGGGGCAUGGUUACGGUACACAUGGAGGUACUUCUAGCACAACCAAUCCAACCCCUCCCGACAGUCUCACCAGCGAUGAUAGUUCGUACCUGAGCGCAAAGGACAAUUCGUCCUCAAUUUCCUCCCAAAGUCGGGUGCGCUUCACGCCGGAAAUUGUGCUCGACGUGGAUUCACCGCUACAAUCACCGACGGGUUAUGUUGGCAGUGGCGCUACUACAAGCUCUUCCGUACAUGGGACGAAAGAUAGACGCAGCUCAUCAUCGGGUAGUACUAUGCUUACAGCUACACCCGGUUCCGGAGCGUCCUCUACGUCGAUUUCGGGACGACGAUCGAAUGCUUGCGACACGAACCAAUCCUAGCAGUACGUGAAAACUUACAUGGUGUAGUGGGUAUAAGUGUCGACGAAACCAAUACUUCUCUGUGCUCGAGCUCGUCAUUCAUUGUCAGGACGCGUUGGUUCACAAAAUUAAUGUGCUAAAAUAUGGCCCUUGUAAUCAACGACAUCAUCCCAGACGUAUUUUUAGAUUGGUUUGAUAGAAGUGAGAAAGAAAACGGAAUUUCAAAGAAUUGCAACAAAUGGUUCUAAUAUUAACCGCGAUAUCCAUUAGCAAGGGUGCUGUAGGCAAGCAAAGAAAAUUGAUCACGUACAGAUGUUGUCCGCUGUAGAGUUACCCAUAAAAUUGGCUGUGAUAAACUGAUGAUUUGUAAAGUAGGGAUUUAUUUUUCUAAUCAAUCAAAAAAAGCAAAUGGUUCUAAAACAGCAGACAAAAUGUCGGUAUCGUUGUGGCACAAGGCAGCAAUGCUAGCAUUUAUUUAAUUACCUUUACUUCGAACGAUUCUGGUGUGGAGAGGUUGAGUGAACUCAAUAUUAGUGCAUUCCAAUAUGACUCCAUCGUGGGGAGUUAAGGCUUUGCACGCCUAAAGAUAUGCAAUAUAGUGUUUUAAAUCGUCAGCCACUCCCACAACUGUUGUCGGUCUAUUUGGGUCUAUGCUAAAUGUAACGGCAGCACAUCAUAACCGGCAACAGUGGUACUAAAACUAGAUUUGGCAUACUUGCGAUUUGCCGAGUAUUGUAUAUUUUUAUCUUACUAAAAUACUGUUAGCUUAAAUUGAUUCGAAACAAGUCAUGUAUUUUUAAUGAGAUUACACUAACCUUUAGUUUAUGUUGCGUUAAUUUAAAAAACCAAAUGCAAAACUAUUACGAAGCAUUCCAGGAAAAAUGUGAAUAAUAUAAUUUUACUCAAUUACAUUAGUAUUACUAAAGAUUACUUAUCUAGCUAUUCGAAUGUGCACAAAAGAGUUGUUUAGUUGCAUACUUGCAUUCCGAUGUAAAGGUAAAAGCAGAAAAAUAUCAAAACAUAUUACUCCCAAAGCAAACUUUAGCAAUCACAUGUUAUCGAAGGCACCGUUUCGAAGUCGGAUAAUCAGAUUCGUGAGCGUCAAUACUAUUAGAUACAAAAAAGGGCACCAACACAAAUUGUAAUCAACCGCAACUUUAACAGUAUAACCAAUUACUCGUAGUGAACUGGCUAUAGCCGUGGGACUGAACAUAGACAAAUGUAUUGAUCGAAAACAAAUUGAGAAUUUAACAUCGAGUCAAGUAAAAAGGUGUGCUUGGUAACGGUGUCGGUUCAAAGCUAUUAUUGCAAUGCAUCAAACGAAUAGUUUCAUGUUUAAUUCAAUGCAAACCGAAUUGAAUUGGAAAUGCGACCAAACGGAGGGACAGAUGUUUUUUUUUUAUGCAGCAGGCAAUAAUUUUACAAAACACAUCCAACCAACAAGCAGAAAACAAGUGGACUGCCAAACGAGAUAAAAAUGAACCAUGGUUUGACCAAUAUGGUGCCGAGGAAGACAAAUGAAAUGGAAUUUAGUUGCAUAAAAAACCGUAUUAAACACAGUCUAGUCGUUAAACUUACACCGUCAAGUACGUGUAUAUAAUCUUAGGAAUUGUAUAAGGGAUAUGUAUAUUAAAAGCGUAUAAAGUCGGUACUAACAAGUCUUUUCGACAUUCAGAAUUUACAGUAUUUGAUUUUGUUUGUUUCGCUCCACUUUAAGCAUGUUUGUGUUUCUCAGUCCUGCCCGUAGUAUGUGCGGCAAUUGUAGCCUUGUUGGCAGUUGAUUCGAUAGACAUCUUCGUUGUUUGGAAUUUAAAAAUAGCAAUCAUGCUGUACUACGAUAAAAAAACGAUGCUAAGAGUUGUUCCAAAAAGCUGUAAGAAAGUAAGAAUGCUGCGCAAAUUGCAUACUUUGUGGCGAACUUUUAAAGGAGAAGCCUGUAAACCAUGCAUUCGUAAACAGUUCGAUUGUUUUUUUUAACCAGUCAGUCUUAACAAAAAAAGAUGUGUAAAAAAAGGCAACAAUAAACGAUGUAUAAAAAUCGUUUGUUUGUUUUUUUGGUCGGAUUGAAAACAGUGGAAAAAUGAAUA